UGUGUCGACUGCAGACGGUGCUGCCACCUAUAAAAUUGUCAAUGUUGUUAGGCUUACCAAAUGGAGUCUAAUGGAGUCGAUUCAAUCAAAAUCUUUUAAAAAUCAAUCGAAGACAUGAGAAAUUCAGUUGAAAUGACCUAGUUAUGUAUAUGUAUAUACCAGCCAUAUACAGGUGCUGGGUGACUAUGUAGCAGUGCAGGAGAUUCAUCCUACCUGCUCAAAUUGAGUGCAAUGUCACAGAGAGUUAAAAGGCCUAAUCGUUCUGAAGAUGCCUCUGUUCCUGUUAAAAGGCGCAAACGGACGGCGGCCGAGGAGGAAGAAGUGGCUGCCUCCCUGGCGGCGGCGGCGGCGGCCGCGGGAGGCGGCAGCGGUCCCCCCUGGCCCCGCCCCAACGACCUCAAGGGCAUCUACAACCGAUCCACGGCCGAGGCGCCUGCCGAGCUCUUCCGCAAGGACCUCAUCAGCGCGAUGAAGCUGCCCGAUUCGGAGCCCUUGGCCUUGGACGAGUAUUGGUUGAUCGUCGACCAAUGGAAGCAGGAGUGGGAGCGAGGCGUGCAAGUGCCUGUGAAUCCGGACUCGCUGCCGGAACCGCUGGUCGCCAUCAACGGGGGUGGGCGAUUCAGAUCUCGCCAUGAUUUUAGGCUGCCGAAAAACAAAUACAUACGCAUCACUAAAGACGAAAACUUCAAACCGGAAGAACACGUACUAUCCCACGCGCCCGCCAAAUCCGAAGCAGCCUGCUCAUACGACCUCGACGAAUGCGACGUCGCCUGGCUAAAAAUAUUCAACGCGGAACGCGCCUCGGCUGGCCUUGGCCCCGUCUACGAAGAACAGCUCGAAAGGGCCAUCGAGAGGCUCGAAUUAUGCUGCUGGGACAAGAUCCAAUCCAUACUGCGGGACGAGGAAGGCAUGGGCAUCGAGUACGACGAGAACGUCAUCUGUGACGUCUGUCGCUCCCCGGACUCCGAGGAAGGCAACGAGAUGGUCUUCUGCGACAGCUGCAACAUCUGCGUGCACCAAGCCUGCUACGGCAUCACACGGAUCCCCGAGGGCCAAUGGCUGUGCUGCACGUGCAACCUGGGCAAAAGGCCGGAGUGCGUGCUGUGUCCCAAUAAAGGAGGCGCCAUGAAGUGCUUGAGGACGGGGAAGAAGUGGGCGCAUGUGUCUUGCGCCCUCUGGAUACCGGAAGUGAGUAUAGGGUGUGUGGAGAAGAUGGAGCCCAUCACGAAGGUGUCGAGCAUCCCGCAGAGCAGGUGGGCCUUGAUUUGCGUGCUUUGUCGGGAACGGGUCGGGGCUUGUAUACAGUGCUCGGUGAAGACUUGCAAGACCGCGUAUCACGUCACUUGCGCCUUCAAACACGGUUUAGAAAUGAGGGCGAUCAUCGAAGACGAGAACGCCGACGAUGGGGUCAAGCUGAGGUCUUACUGCGAGAAACACAGCAAGUCCAGCAAAAAGGAGAAGAGCAUUUGCUCCGGAUCCGAGGAUGAUGACUCCAAGCGGAAGAAACGGAAAGAGAUGACGUCGGAAGAGAAGAACCAGGCUAGGGCUGUGAGGCUUCAGGAAAUCGAGGCUGAAUUCUUCAAGCACGUCACCGUCAAGGACGUGUCCAUCCACUUCAAUUUGGAUAAUGAGGCCCUCCAGUACAUCUACAACUACUGGAAGCUGAAGAGGAAAGCCGGAUUCAACAAGCCCCUGCUACCACCCAAAUCCGAAGACGUGGACGUGCUGUCGCAGAAGCGAGAGCAAGCCGAUCUGGAGAAGAUGAAGAUGUUCGUGCAGCUGCGUCAAGACUUGGAAAGGGUGCGAAACUUGUGCUACAUGGUGAGCAGGCGAGAAAAGUUGUCGAGGACCUUUUUCCGGAUGCGAGAACAGACUUUCCACAAGCAAACGGCCGUUCUAGAAUCCUCUCAUUCCCUUCAGUCGACCGUUAUCGAGGCUGUGAUAGAAGCCAACCACGGUCCGUCGAUAUACGACAGGCUCUAUUCGCAUAACGAAGCUGAAGAUCACACCAGCGACUUCGAUACCAUCUUGGCCAGGAUAGCGGGGGUCAAGUCUCCGACGAAUUCCGGGGACGAGUCCAAAAUGGGGAUAAACGGGCUGUUCAAAGACGUGAAAAACAAUCCGUACAAGAAAAUGUACUACAACGGUUCUUCCAAACGGCGUAGCGCUAGCAUGUACGGCAGCAGCAUGUCUAGCGCGAGCAGCGAAGACGAGAAACCUAAAGACAACAAAGAAAACAGGUUGCUCUCGAGCUCCGAAGAAGAAAAACCGACGAUAUCCAGUUUGUCGAAGAAAAAGACGCCUUCCCCUCACAAAAUGAAUAACAUUAGCAAAGUCUUGGAGAAGAAGACGAAGAAAUCGAGUUUGUCGCACAACAGGAUAGAGAGCAGCAGCGAAGAGGAAUUGAAACCCAUGAAAAAAGAUUGGGGUCACUAUUCCAAGUCAAGACUGAGACAAGUCGAAACCGAACUAGGUGAAACGGGUUCCGACAGUGAUGAACUCAUGCCGAUUCGAUCGUCCCAUAAAGGCGAUAAUUCCAAGAACAUCAAGUCCAUGUCAUCCAUUUAUUCCGAUAGUGACAGCUCCGACGAAUCAACUAGAAAUGAUGACAAAUCCUCUAGUGCCACCAAUGACUCGAGGAAACCACGAACGAAGGCGGCAGUCAAAGAUUUCUCACACAAACCUUCAGCGAAGAAUGCUAGUAAAGAUAGCCCCGAAGUCAAGAAGAAAGCUAAAAACGAAGAAGCGAAGGUGGAAAGUACAUUUAAGAAGAACGAUUAUGUACAGAGCGAUCUCAUAGUGCCACAAAGGCAGGCAGCGAAAAAGGCGACCGAGAAUUUGAAAACCACAACCGUUUCCAGAACUAAAGAACAUGUUCCUCCUGCUGAAGAGCCUGCCAAAGUGGAAGAAAAGUCGAAGCCAAAGGCAAAAAGUAAACCCAGCAAAGACACUAAGGAAAUUCCUAAGGAAGAAGAAAAGGUGAAAGAAAAAGAGGUUCGCGAAAUUAAAGAUGCGCCCAAAGAGAAAAAGAAGGAAGUUAAGGCUUCCUCCGAUGUCGAUAUGGAGAAGGAAGUGGAGAAAGAGAAGGUUGAACUACAAGAAAUUUUAGCGUACGUUCCUCAAAGGCAAGCUGCCAAAAAGGCUGCCGAGCACAUCAAAAGUGGUCUGGGAAAACCAGUUCCUCCUGCAAUCGAGCCUGCACCUCCAGACAAUGAGAAACCACCUAAGAAAGAGGCAGAUACCAAACCCAAGAAGGAAGUCGUCGAAGUCAAAAAAGUCGACUCGAAAAAAGAAACCGAGCCCCCCAAAGUCGUCAAAGCACCAGAUAGCAAAAGAAAGUCUUCCACAAAUUCCACCAGCAGUUCGUCUUCCUCGACAAGCAGUUCUUCGGAUUCUUCGGGCAGCUCGAGUUCCGAAAGCGAAGAAGAAGAAGAAGAGCCUGUCAAGCCGCGAUCGGAGAGUCUUUUCUCGAGCCCCGGCCGAGAAACGGCCAAACGUGCCACUGUCGCGGCCGCCACGGACUGGCCCUUUCUUGACAAGGGACCCAGGCCAGCGGCGACCUCUGGUUCCUCAAGCUCGAGCGAUUCCAGCGCCCCCUCCUCACCUAGAAAACCAUCCCCCUCGUCACCCCAUCCUAAGGCACACUCUCCAUCGCGAGCCGCAACCCCGAAACCGGUACGGAACAACAAGAAGCAACGGCCACCGAGCCCUGCGCAGUCUCGAGGCAGACCACGCCCCCCCGCCAGAGGGCGUGGUCGUACAUCCGCCGACGCUGGUGAUAGGCUCGGACAUGCUGAUGUCGGGUCUAGAGAUCUGUCUGAUGGCCAACGUCUCGGUGUGGACGGAGACCGAGGUAGAGGCAGGAAGGGAAAGCAGACGCCACGAAACAGCGUGGAUGAAAAAGUCAACAAAAAGACCGCUCAGCCCGUCAAACGGGCCUCCUCGCCGACCAGGAAAACGGUCAAGGUGAGUCAGGAGCAGGAGAUCGGCAAGCUAGAAAAGGAGAUAUUGGAGAGGAAAGCUGGCAAAGAGACUGGAAGGAAAAGCAAGACGUCUUCCACUUUCGAGCGACUUUUCGGUACGCCAGAGAAAACUAGGGAAGACAAAGCGGAAAAGGCUAGCAAAAGUGAAAAAUCCGAAAAGCCCGAACAAGAUGAGAAACCUGAGAUUGAAAAGGCGCACAAAGUCGAUAAGUCGAGAAGGGAGUUGUUUGAAAAACCCUCCAGGUCUGAUAAGCCACUGAUAGCACCAGAAAAAUUGAUAAUACCAGAAAAAGUGCCAGUUGAAAAAGCUCAACCUGACGUUGAGAAGUUGGUGGAAACCAAUGAUCUACCAAUUAAGUCAUUCGAAAACGUGCCCAAACAAGAAAAUACUACCCCAGAAAAAGUUGUUGUUCCUGCUGAAAAGCCUCCAAGACUAGAUGAAACUCCUAAAGUUGUACCCAAAUCGCCGAACAAGGAUAUAAAAGAGAAUGUUGACAAGAAAACUGAAAAUAAGGACGAUAAGAAACCUGCGAAUAAAAAACCACAAUCCAAAAGUAAGAGCAUCGAUGAUAUUUUGGCAAACAAACUGUUGAGCAGUGAUACAAAAGAAAAUAAGAUUGAUGUCAAGAAACCGCCAACACCUAAACAACCGAAACCAAUUGACGAAAUCACGAUAGCUGAUAAGAUUGUGGAAGAUCACUUGCAGAUUCACAAAGCGAAUGAUUUCUAUAAUCGUCAACCUGAAGUUCAAGAGGUAUUCCACGCACAACCCGACAUAACAAAAAAUUUCCUAAACGAACUAGAUACUGAUAAGAAAAACCAUCUGAAACCAACAGGAUUGACGAAUCAAGUUUUACAAAAUAGAUCGAUAUUUUCUCCUCAACCACACGUGAAAGAAGCAACAGACUUUCUGGAUCUGGUCAAUUUUGAUGACGACAUGGGAAUCUCUAAGGACGAUGACAUCUCCAAAGGGCCUCUAACGUGGAAUUUCAGUAACACCAAUAUGAUCAGGGAAGAUACCAAGGAGGAGAGUGCUAGAGAAACAUUGAACUUGGUCGAGAAACUACGCAUGGGACUGUCCAAGAAGUCCACCGUCGGGGAAGUUAGCGACACGACGACUAGCAGUGAGAUAGAAAGCGAGAAAAUCGAUUUCAUGGAACAAGUUGUACCUGUCAGUUCAUCUGAGCCUCCAAACAAAGAUGUCAGCAUCGAGUCGCAAAAUCUCGGUCACAUCGAACCUCAACUCAAAGUUCAAAUGACAGAAGUUCUGGAGCAGCCGAAACCGCUCGAAGAUGCCGAUAAACACCUUGAAGAGCCACCGCACCCCACUUAUCCUUACUUAAACGCCGAAAGUAACUUACCUUUGGAACCACAAAAGAGCAUGCCUAUUCCUCAACAAGACACCCUGACAGAUCACACCGCUCCUUUAGAGGGCGACGAGCGAUGGGUACCUCCUAGCGGAAACUACCCCAACAUGCCACCAAACUACUUGAACGAUCCCGCCCAACAUGCCCUCUACUUGGAAGCGUACGUCAACGCGGCCACCCAAGACCCCCACAAAAAACCACCUCUGAACAUUCUACCCCACCAGCUGGACGUACGGUUGCACGACGGCCUUCUCAAAAGCCAAUCGCCCUCGCUCCAAGAAAGAAUCGACAGAAGAAUCUCGCAAACGCCGCUCAUAGAUCCCACCUCCAUGGAUUGCAUGAAUAGCCCGAUGCCUUACACCAACAUCCACCCGCAAGCCAAAUGGGCGGAUUGUGAGGUCAUACCCAAUCGGAGGUCUUCUUCCAGCUCGGCUGCGUCUUCCACUAGUUCUGGUUCCCGCCGAGACGAAGAAGAAGCUAGAUUACAAGACGUCAGGAUGGUUAAUCACGCUUCGCUGGACGUCGCUUCCUAUUUACCUACGCAAAGGGCGCCUUAUCCGGCAAAUUCCAUUGAUAACUUUGGCGGUUUUCCUGACGGUUCAUGCUACCCGGUUAGCCUGUUUCCGCCGCCCAAUCUCAAUACUCAACUACCUUUUCCUCCGUCAGGUCCGGCAGCUAUGUUCCCUCCCGCUUUCGACGCACCCUUUCCCACUCCUCAUUCCAUUCCUCCCUUGCCCAAGCCAAUGGAGGAGACGAUACCAGCGUUUUCGGGCAGUUGCACCGCCGCCUUCACCUCAUCGGAGCACAACAUGGCUCUGACGGCGGCCAUGGUGAAUCUGUCGAAGCCGGUCGAGCAGCCUUCGGAUAAUAUGUUGGGGCCUCCGGAUAAUCUUUUGGUGCCUCCGGCGGAGAUACCGGCUUGCAGUCAAGCCUCGUUGACGCCCACAGUGCAAUCGGAGAAACAGGAGCCGUCUCCUGCAUUGAGCAAUACUACCCCGAACGCGAACAGCGCUCUGCCGUCGCCUAGUACGUCGUUGAAGUCGAACAGUUCGGCCGGGAAGAAGUCGCCGAGCAAACCGACAAGGACAUCCGCGAGAGUGACUUCUCAGAUGAUGAACAAGUCGCCGGCUAAAAGUCCAGGCAAGAGUCCCAGACAAGAAACCGCUCUCAAACAAAGCGGUCCCGGCCGGGGUAAAGGAGAUAACAAGCGAGGCUCUAACAAGUCCGGCUUCGCUAGAGGUGCUGCCAAUCUCAGAGGCAGAGGAAGGGGAAGAGGCAGAGGCAGAGGAGGCAGCCAUCACAACGACUACGACCUCGUCGGCAUCGGAACGAUCCACAACAAAUUGGCAGGCACCGUCUACGAUCUGGACUUUGAAGACGACAUCUGCAACGACAACAUGGCCGAUUUGAAGUCGAUGCGAGAGAGGAGAAAGUCCGUAGACAUCCACGAGAAGAAAUUCGAGCCCUUCGGCUCCACUAGAAGCUCUUCCAGAUCGCCGAAGUUCUCCAGUCCGUCUCAGACAUCACACAAAACCAGAAAUUACAGCACGGACCUGAGAGAACUGAGGCCCCCGACGCCUAUCGAAGAUAGUCGGUCGAAAACCGACAUUUCUCUGGCCAGUUCGGAUAACGACACUCCUCAAGUAUUUCCCGACGUCACCCCACCUCUACCUGGCCCCGUCGACAUGCGAACUUACAACAGCAACUUCGAUCAGCAGACUUACAACGAACAAAACUUGCUGAGCGCGUUCGCCAGCGGCACGACAGAAACCCAAGUCCAGGAGAUCGACGAGGACUUCGAAAAAGAACUGCAAACCGUGCUGAGCGUCAAGAAACCGGUGGAAACCGUUUCCCGCGAAACGGCCAGCAACAUCAAAGUGUCCCUCUCGGAUUCCCGCAACCAGCUCAAAGUGAAGAUCAAAGGCCCGAUCGCGAACUACACCUCCACUGUAACCCCCUUACCUCCCCCUACAGUCGAUCCCAUCAUCGUCACCAACGUGAGCUCCGUGAUGAACAACGCUAUCAAUAUCGCCUCCGGUGGAAUAUCUUCGGGCGGUCCGUCCAGCCUGAGGAGAAUGAGAAAGAAGGAGCUCCUGAGGCAAUACUGGACGCAGGACAUGAACAUGGACGAGCCGGCUGGCAAUGCCGCUUACAUCGCUCCCGCCGCACCGCAUACGAUCCGGAGCACCAUCAUAACCAUACCGAAAGCGGUGGCUUCGAUGACCAGCAUACCCACCAAAGAGGACUACCGGGACUACAGGACCGACACCGACGAUUUCGCCGAGAGCAAACACCACCGCAAAGAAUCCAAAGCCAGGCAGGCUCUGUCCAGGGAGCUGAGGCAGCUGGACUUACCGACGGACUACGACGGGCACUCGAGAAGGAGCUCGUUGGGCAGCAAUAACUCGGCUUUGGGCGGCUCUGAAUCGAACAAGAGACGCGGAAGGCCGCCCAGGCCCGCCGCGCAGCCGCUGGCCCCGAAACUGACCAUCAAAAUCGGUGCGGGCACCAAUAGCAUCGUGGGAGCGACCAGGGUAGACGAGAAGCGGGACAGGAUAAGGCCGCCCAAGAAACGGCUCGCCUCUCUCAACAAACCCUCGGUGGAGGACUUGAAGAGAGAGAGCAUGAAGUUCAGGAAGAUGAUGAUGAAGGAUCUGAAGAUCAAAAAGCAGAAGAAGCGGGACAAGAGCGAGAAAAAGAAAAAGAAGAAGCUCAAAUCGGAGAUACAGAUAAUACCGAAUCAGAGCGAGAACCAGAUCAAGAUGACCAUCAGGAUAGGGAAGAAGAGUGAUAGUGAACGGACGAGCGGUGAAGCGAACGAAAUGGACGCGACUCGCGACGUGGCGGACGAUAAGUUGCCUUUGAAAGUGACGCCGAUCAAAUUGAAACUGUCCCGUUGCCAGGAGGGGUCCGGGUACAUGAUGAAACCGGCGACGGACAGUUCGGAGAAGGAAGCGGAGGUGCGUAGCGUACAGCCCGGGCAGCCGCCUCCCGAAGCGUCUUUGCCUCCGCCCGCCCCUUUAAGUGCGAACAAAGACUGCGAAGUUAGAUGAUAAUUAUUGUGUACCAUAAAUCAUUUGGACUUGUAAUAUACUGUAAUUUUUUUCGCAGGCGACCAGUGAGGCAGACUUGUACAGGCUAGGGCUAGCUGUGUUCACUUGUCGAGAUCCAAUAUUGUUAAGAGGUGUCUAGUGAAUGUGGUAGGAUAAGCGAGCACAUCGUGUACGUCGUUAAUUUCAGUGUACAAAGUCAAUUACAGCCACAGACGUGUAAUCAUAUUUUUGUAUAUAUUGUAAGUUAUUAUGGUAAUUGUGAAUAUACAGAAUAGUACUAAUUUAUAUAUUUCAUUUAAAAUGAUUAACUCGUGUUGACAAUUUUGAUAGCUAGACUCGUUAUAUAGAAUUUCUUGAAUUAUUAUAACAGAACAAAUGGCUUGAGUGCAAUUUUAUAAGUUGUUGAUUUCAGAGCCAUUUCAAUUUUAUUGUACAGAUUUAUUCUUAUUGUCCACAAGACAAGACCCCCUUCUUAAAAAUGAUUACCACUCCUCUGUAACUCCGUGUGUGUACAAUAUUUUUAUUUGCGAAAAUUCUCCUGAACAAGUCUUUUUUUAUAGUGCAUCCGGAAUAUGGAAUAUUGAAUGACCAUCACUAUUCUCAAAUUCAAUUGUGAUGUAAUUGAAUAACAAUUAAUUCUGAAAGAAUUGGUAGGUAGUAAAUCAUUAAGUCGUCAUUUUGACAAUUUUUGUAGACGAUAUUUCUUAGCAUUUAAUUUUCAAAUAUCUUAUAAUUGAAACUUGCGGUCCCUUUAAAAUAGGAGGAAAACAUGAAACCCAUCAAAAUGAAGCAACACACGGAGGUAUAGAAGAAUAACAAUCAUUGUUGAAAAGAGGUCCUGUCCUGUGGACUAUUAAAUAGUGCAGUAUGAAAUACUUAAAGAAUUUUAUAUAUUGUAUAGUAAUAUUUUAUUUUUUUAUAUCUUGAUGUUUUUUUAUUGAUGUACGUUUUGUGUAUAUUUUUUACUGCAAGUAUUAAAGCACAAGCCAUUUGUUGUUUCAUGUUACAUAAUACAAGAUAUAUAAUAAAAUAUGAACUAUGAACAACUUGACCAUUUUCUAUCAAACGAUCUACAAACCUGUUUACUUUAUACCACUGUACCAUAUGGAAAGCACAAAACUCAUGUUAUUUAAUUUGUACAUUUUGUUUAUAAGCUGAAGUGUAAGAUUCAUGUGUAUUGUUCAAACAUGUACACAUAGUUGAUUCAUAAAUUAUAUUCAGUUUUAUACAAA